AUGGCUGCAGCUCUCUCAGCGGCCUGCGUGCCAGCGACCUUCAACGGUCUAGCACUGUUCGGCGCUGAAAUCCUCUCCAUCGACACCAAACCCGUAACCAACUACAGCACAUGGGGCCUGGACAUAGCCCGGUUUACCCAGCCCACGGUCAAGAUCCAGAACGCAACCUUUUGCAAUGUCACGGUAUCCUACACGCACCCGGGCCAGGACGACAACAUCUUUGUCGAGACUUGGCUCCCCAUCGAAAACCCAACCUGGAAUGACCGUCUCCAGGCCGUUGGGGGCGGUGGCUGGCAGGCCGGGCGGUUCUUGCUGUCCUGGGAGACCAUGAAGGGCGCGCUCGGCGACGGCUACGCGACGACGACGACCGAUGCCGGGCUGGGCAGCGCCGCGGACCCGGCCGAGUGGUCAUUGAUUAGUCCCGGCAAUCUUAACUGGUAUAAGCUGAACAACUUUGGGUCCGUGUCGCUCAAUGACCAGGCAAUCAUCAGUAAAGCGCUGAUCAAGAGCUUCUACGGCAAGGGCCCCGACUACUCGUACUGGAACGGCUGUUCCCAGGGAGGCCGACAGGGCAUCAUGCUCGCCCAGCGGUAUCCCGACGCCUACGAUGGCAUUUCUGCCGGAGCGCCCGUCCUCUAUUCGAGCUUCUCAGGGACGGGGUUAUACUGGCCACAGCAGGUGAUGAACGUGCUCAAUGAGUACCCCUACGGGUGCGAGAUGGACGCCAUCACGGCCGCGGCGGUUAGAGACUGCGACGGGCUGGACGGCGUCACCGACGGCAUCAUCUCGGAUAUCGACGGCUGCCUGGCCUCGUUCGACCCCUUCAAGAUGGUCGGCGAGCCCGUCCCGAAGUGCUCCCAAGCCGGCAACCGGACCGUCGAGGUUGGCGUCGCGGCGGCCGUGGUCGUCAACGCUACGUGGCAUGGCAUGGUCAAGCCCAACAGCGGCGCCCCCGUCUGGUAUGGGCUGCCACCCGGGUCGCUCAUCAGCGUCGAGGCCGAUGGCGGGGUCCUUACGGGCGUGGCAGCGACCAACUGCAGCUCUGGGACUUGCGUGGGCAGCCCAAAUCCCAUGACUACCGGCUGGAUAGAGAGGUUUGACGCUCUCGGCGAUCCAAACUUUGACAUCACCAAGAUGUCGUACGCCGACUUUGACGACAUCGUGCACUACACCCGGCAGAUAUACCGUUCGGCCUUUGACACCGACGACCCGGACCUCUCCCGUUUCCGUGACGCCGGCGGCAAGCUGGUCACCUUCCACGGCCUGUGGGACGCCCUCCUCCCGCCCCAAGCCACGCGCAAAUACUACAACGAGGUCUCGGCCACCGUCCCCGACACCCCGACCUUCUUCCGGCACUACGACGUCCCCGGGCUGGGCCACUGCAUCGGGCACGCCAGCGGGCAGCCGACCAGCCUGUUCGAGCAGCUGCGGGCGUGGGUCGAGCGGGGGGAGGCGCCCGGCCAGUCGCCUGUUAAUGUCACAGCCGCGGACGGGGCGACGCACAAUAGGAUUCUGUGUCCGUAUCCGGAGGUGGCGAGGUUGGAUGCCGAGGGGGGGUGUGGUGAUCCGGCGGAUGCGAGGUGUUGGAGGUGUGUUGCUGGUGUUAUCCGCCACAAGUCUGUUCUUUUCGAUGCCGCCCGCCUUGUCGACCGGGUUGCUGAGUAG